AUGUUGAGUGUUGGGAUAGCAAGCAGAUUCAUGGAGAAUCCAAGCUAUAAGGCCUUGAAGUGCAUUUUGAGAUAUGUUCAAGGAACUCUCUUACUUGGUCUUUUCAAUUCAAAAUCAAAUGACUACCAAUUAGUGGGUUACUCAGAUAGUGAUUUAUGUGGUGAUGCUGGUGACAAGAAAAGUACUUCGGCUUAUGUAUUCCUACUCGGGAAUACGACUUUUACUUGGCUGUUAAAAAAACAACCUAUUGUAACUUUGUCAACCUGCGAGGCCAAGUAUAUGGCGACCUCUUGGAGCAUGUGUCAUGUAGUCUGGCUUUCAAAUUUACCAAGGCAUUUAGGAGUGAUCCGAGAUGAUGGGACUAUUAUCCGAGUUGAUAACAAGUCGGCGAUCGAGUUGGCAAAGAACCCGGUUAAAAACGGAAGGAGCAAGUGCAUCGACGUCUAA